UCUGCGAUGGCCGCCUCCGCCUCCGCCUCCGCCUCGGAGACGUCGUCGACAUGGGUGACGGAGACGGGGAGCGGCUCCCACCGGUUCACCGUCACCGGCUACUCCCUGACCAAAGGCAUCGGCGUCGGCAAGCCCAUAUCUUCCGGCAUCUUCACCGUGGGCGCCCACGACUGGUCCGUCAAGUUCUUCCCCGACGGGUACACGCAGGACGCCGCCGACUGCGUCUCCCUCUUCCUCGCCCUCGAAAGCGACGCCGCCGACGUUAGGGCCGUCUUCAACCUAACCCUCCUCGACCACGCCGGCAAGCCCUCGACGUCGACCCCGACCGAUCGGCAGCCCAAGUCCUUCAAGCGCGGCGUGGAGAGGGGGUUCAGCCGCUUCAUCGAAAGAAGCCGGCUGGAGUCCAACUUCCUUAAAGACGACUGCCUCGUAGUCCACUGCACCGUCACCGUGCUCAAGGAGUCGCGUCUACAAGUGCCCAACAGUUGCUCUACCAAGCCGCGGCCGUCGGACUUGCACCUGCACCUUGAGCGCCUGCUGGAGAGCGGCGAGGGGACGGAUGUGACCUUCCGAGUCGGCGGCGAGGCUUUUUCCGCGCACCGGUGGUUGCUCGCCGCGCGGUCGCCCGUGUUUAAAGCCGAGCUAUUCGGCGAGAUGAAGGAAAAGAACCUGCAGUCCAUAGAGAUCAAGGACAUGGAAGCCGUGGUGUUUAAGGCUCUGCUUCAUUUCGUCUAUUCGGAUGCGCUACCUCGCUCGGAAGAGCUCGCGUGUAACGGGUCCUCGACGGUGAUGCUUCAGCAUUUGCUUGCUGCUGCGGACCGAUACGGGCUGGAGAGGCUGAAGUUAAUUUGCGAGGACGAGUUGUGUGCAGACAUCCACAUAAGCACGGCGGCCACCACGUUGGUCUUGGCCGAGCAGCACCGUUGCGGUCAGCUCAAAACGGCUUGUCUCGAAUUUAUGGCUUGUCCUGACGUGCUGAGUGCGGUCGUGCAGACCGACGGAUUCGAGCACUUGAGGAUCAGUUGCCCCUCAGCCCUGAAGGAGCUUCUCGAAAAGCUAUCGAAGAUGAUAGUUAUUGCUAAUGUGAAGUGAAUGGGAUCCUACUAUCGAGUAUUGCGUCACUUUGGGGAAAAUAAAUAUUUUGAAAACCAUACAUCUUUCCUAGUGUUCAAGUUUCUAGUUCUUAGGUUGUUUAGCUUGUGUGGUACAAGUAUUACUACUACCUGGAAAUGCUAUUAGUGCCCUAUUCUGUUGUAAAACUUUUGGCAGAGUAGGUUGUCUAACUACCGAA